UCCAAUACCUACGCUCAACGUACCUCUGGUUACGCAAACCCGUUUCGACUCAAUUCCCCAACCCGACUCAACUCAGCUGUACUCAGCUGUACUCAACUCUAUUCAACGCUACCAUCGACCAAAUCCACAUACAAUCAUCCCAUACAACGAACCUCCACCAUGGCAAGCAACGCCAGGUCAUACUAUUCACUCCCCACACAGCCACCGCAGCACAACAGAUCAAGCAGUCGCCGCCCACCUCUGACGCCUUCAACUGUUUCCUCGCCUUGCAUCAGCACAACCCAGGCUCCUGUCGUUGCUCGGAGAGACUCUUCUGGUAGUCCCACUCGCGCGUCCGCUCUUCUGGCUAAGGUUGCCUCCCACCCAUCAACACCUCGUGGAGAAACCCCAAUCCCAAGUCCUAUUCCUUCGCCUGGAGCCAGGUCCAAUGGAAUGGAAACGAACCCUUUGUAUUCACCGGAGAGGCCUGCCGUAUGGAGGAGUGAGAGCGAUCGUUACGUCCAGCAGUAUAGGAAGCAGGAUGGAUAUAUCAGCUUUCCUGACUUUGAGAAGUUCUGCGAAUCUCAAAAUCCUUACGAUGGCCAACGUCAUGAGUGUACCACUGUCAAGACAUGAUUGAGUCCACGGAAGGACUGCAAGAUCAUGAGUGAGAAUGUAGUGACUUAACACUACUUCGAUAAUGCUGCCACGGUAUAUCCGAUGGAACUACGCACCGCCAACAGAGGCGACGGCUGGUCCUGCAUUAAGGUCGACAGGCUCUCCAUUGU